CCAUAAGCCGGUGGAGUUGGCCAGGUAAAAACGCAACAACUAUUGCUGGGAAUUAUUUCGCCAAUUUCACCAACGACGGAAGUCUGACAGAUCAAGCACACACGCGCGCGUAAACUUUGAGUGCGCCAAUCGAUCUCGUGAGGCGUAACGCCAAUCGCACGCUGGCUGUUAGAAACUGGACACCUGCAGUCCCGGUAGUUGCAUUUGUUCGGUAUUUGGAAAUUCGAAACCGCGAUCGCGAUCGCGCAAAAUCGCAGUGCUUGUGAUUGGCAGGUGAUUGGGCCUAUUGGAAAAUCAAGCCACCGUAGGAGAAGGGAUCUUUCUUUUGAUCUGGUCCGGUGCUUUAAGUGUAUGGAAGCUGUAGGUUUUGAUUGAUCGAUAUUGGAGAUAUUCGACGGGUGGUGUUGAAUGCAUGAUCUGCAAAAGUGAGAGUGCAAUUUGUCGGCACGUCAUCGUGCGCCAAGGGAGUUUUUCUUUGUGUGAGACCCUGAAAAGAUAAACCCUAGGUGCAGGUGCGUUGUGUAAAGUUGAAUGGAAAACAGUGAUAAAAGGCGGCAAAACUAUUUAAUAGUUUAAAGAAUUUCCGGUUAGAAAUUUGCACCUGUUUGAAAAUGACGGCCAAAGAUGGCAAGAGCGACUCGAAAUGGAACCUGGACCCGGUGCAGAAGGCGAUGGGCCAGCUCGGCUGGUGGCACAUUCUGGUCUGUGCCGUGGUGUUCCCGCUUAAGUUCCCGGUAGCCUGGCACCAGAUGGGCAUAAUCUUCCUGGGAGCGGCCCAGGACUACACCUGCGCUUCGAACACGACCCUGGACAAGUGCUCCAAGCAGUGCAGCAGCUGGACCUACGACACCAGCGUCUUCAGCAAAACCAUCAUCAGCGAGUGGGAUUUGGUCUGCGAGAAGGCCAAUCUGGUCAACCUUUCGCAGACGAUCUUCAUGUUUGGGAUUUUGGUUGGAGGAGUCGUUUUUGGGUCGCUCGCGGACAAGUUUGGUCGACGGCCCCCAAUGGUGAUAGCGGUCAUAAUUCAGCUCCUCACCGGCGUCGGGGCGGCAUAUAUUCCUUGGUUCUGGGGUUUUGUGGUGUUGCGAUUCCUGACGGCCGUUGCCACCGGCGGAACAAUGGUUACAAGUUUCGUCCUGGUGAUGGAAAUCAUCGGUCCUAAAUGGCGGGAGCUGUUCUCGGUCCUGUACCAGAUUCCCUUCAAUCUGGGCCACUUGACGUUGGCCGGCUUCGCUUACUUCCUCCGUGAUUGGCACCAUCUCCAGUUUGCCCUAUCCAUCUUUUCGAUCCUACUAGUUUCCUACUAUUGGUUAGUUCCGGAAUCACCCCGGUAUCUGUUCACAUCCGGCAACACUGACGAGGCGAUCAAGGUACUGGAAACGGCCGCCAAACGCAAUAAGCUGCCAACAGCUAACAUUCGGUCGGAUAUUGAAGAGUAUGCUAGGACCAAGACCCAUGGAGCCGCGGCCAAGGGAAAUGUUAUGGAUCUGUUCCGGACUCCGAAUUUGCGCGCUAAGACACUGUUCAUGUGCUUCAACUGGUUCGUGUGCGGAUUGGCAUUCUUCGGAGUGGCCCAGUACAUUGGUCACUCGGGAGGAGACAUUUUUGCCAAUGUGGCUAUUGGAGCUGCGCUUGAGCUUCCCGGAACUUUGAUUUGUAUCUACAUGAUGAAGGCCUACGGCAGGAAAAAGACGUUGAUUGCCUCAAAUACCUUAACCGGAUUAACGAUGUUGGCCAUUGCCUUCGUUCCGGAGCACAUCAACUGGCUGAACGUGGGUCUGGCAUCAAUCGGUCUGGUCGGAAUGAGCAUAUCCUUCCCGACGGUUUAUCUCUAUGCCGGUGAACUUUUCCCAACGGUGGUCCGAAAUGUGGGCAUCGGUACGGCAUCGAUGAUUGCCCGAAUCGGUUCCAUGAUUGCUCCGUUUGUGGCCGGAUUCGGAACCAUUGCCCACUGGCUGCCACCGAUCAUAUUCGGCCUGACGCCCCUGGUGGGAGCAUUCUUCGUGUUCUUCCUCCCGGAAACUCAGGGCCAUCCGCUGCCGGAAACGAUCGAGGACGGUGAAAACUUCGGUAAGAAAGGCCACAAAGAUCAGGCCGAGAAUGGAAAGUAUUAGGUAGAACCAGCCGUUGUCGUCCUCUGAACCGAAAAAAAAACUAGCCGAUAUUGGUGGAGGCCUUAUUUUCGGAAAGGCGUCACCAAUUUUUAAUUUUAACAUGUUUCUGUUUAUGUGUUUAGAUGUAAGAAGUAAAAAAAAGAUUUUCAAUAUGAUGAAGAACGAUAUUCUUUUAUACAGAAGAAACUAAACGAAGCUUGUUUCGAAUGCCAAAUGAAUCCACUACAGAUGUGAGUAUUAUUUU